UACGUUGGUUUUAUUAUAUCUACCUUGUUUGUUUAUAGAAGUGUAUGAAAAUAUUUACCAUUGUUCUUAGUGACAUUUGACGCUUUCAAAAAAGGAAAAAAGAACGGUUCAUUGCAGGAUAUAUAUAGACUGUUCUGUCAUUAUUAACUCAGGCGCUUCACUGAUUGGUUUAAAACGAUCUAUAUCAGAUUAUACAUAAAUUUCUGUUGUAUUGUCAGGAAGAAUUUUUAAUUUUGGAAAGAGUGUUUGUUUGUGAAAUUUGGAGUAUUGUUCUUCAAAAGAAAUUUAUAACGAAAUGAAGUAAAUUGUUUGAAUACGACGUUAAUGACGAAAGGAAAUUAUUGUUGUUUAUAUUAUUUAAAGUAACAAAAAUAAUUCUUAGAAGAAGGUAAUUUCCAAAAACAGCAACAUGGGGAGUCGCCGUAAAAUGACAGAGCGGGAGAUGAAAGCAACUGCGCUUAAUAAAAAAGAAGACCGCGUUCUGCAAAAAACAUUCGGCACGUUAAAUCUUGAGAUGAGUUUUACGUAUAACGUCAUUUCGCUGCACGUGCGCACUGUCAAAGCUAAUUUUAGACGUUUACGUGAACGGGUUGAUAAAUUGAAGUCCUAUCUGACACCAGAAGAAAUAACUGCUCUUAGACAAUUAGAAGAAGAGGGUAAAUUCAAGCCAGCUACGACGUUUAAUGUAAAUGCCGCUAUGAAAAUAGCUGCCGCAGCCCGCAGACUCAAUUUAUAUCCUGAAGGUUUGAAUCGCUCGCGGACAACAGUUUCAGCAAAACAUAAUCGCAAUAACGAUAAACUGCUAACGGGCAGGUCAAAAACAGAUACGAACUUGUUGCGAAAUCGGAGUAAUUCUGUUACAGGAGUAUUUAUUGAUGCUCCGCUCCCGGACAACGCGGUGCGGAGGAAUUCCACAGCCGAAAUUCCGGUGAAAGUAGCGAUACGCCCGGUAAGCGCGGCCGUUGCUGAACAAACCGAUUUGAAGAUUCCACAGAGGGGUUUGAGACCAGCUUCCUCAGAAUGCUUUGACAGAGAAAAAAUUCAACUGCCUAAAACUGUGUCAACAAAACCUAGCACAGAGACGUCUGAUAACUUUUCUUAUGAAAAGACGGAAAGGGUAACGGAAACGGGAACCGGAAAAAUGAAAAAGUCCCCACUUGAUAAAAUGGCUAUGAUUAAUAUAACAGACGAAUCACUUGAUACCGGUAGAAAUAAAUUAUUUGAAGACAGACGGCAGGAACUUUUACAAGACGAACAUACGUUUUACGUGAAUUUAGAAAAACGUAAGAAUCACUUCAUUGGUAAGGUUGACGAAUAUCUAAUUCAAAAUCCGCCAGUAAAGUUUGACACUCCCAUGAUGCCUAUAGUAAUUCCGCAUGCCUCCGCCGACGAAGAUGAAGUAAUGGCGUAUAGCCGACGGCGAGUCAGAAAAUAUGACACGGAUAGAACAUUUACAUCGGAGGAAGAAUAUAAACAGCGAGAAGGAAAUUUGUGGAAAGACAUGAAUAAAACAAGGUACUUGCGGGUACCCGACGAGAAAAUAGAUUUAUCUGGCGUGGUAACAUUAGCCAAAGAUCAAAUGCAGCUGUAUCAUUUAUUAAAAUCCACGGAACCAACACACGUUGUAACAUACUGAAAAGAAUGUCUAUUCUGUCAUAUUCUGUUGCUAAAUGCAUAGUGAUUUCCGUCAAAGCGAGGCUGUGAAGAUUGUAUUUUAUAAUCAUUUUUUGUGUGAUAUGUUUCAUGCAUUUUUGUAUGUGUUUGAUUUAUGUAAUAGGUUGCGGUAAUUGUUAAUUAGCUAAAAUUACAAGAGUGCAAUUUAUAUCAUUUAAUAAAAUUUAUCACAACAACGAUAAUGCGAAAUUAGGCUAAUCAGUAAACCAUCAUAAAUAGUAAGAACAGCAUAGCAACAACUUUUGUAAGAGACUUCGGCAUAUACAAUGCCUACUGAUCUGCUAAAUUAACAAGAAUAUUUUCGUACUUGUAUCAGGCUGUUUUUCGGUUGAAAUGUGGUUUAUAUGACGCAGACUUCCGCUAAAUAUUUUUUAAUUAAAAACAACAUUAAAAAAGCAGCAGCAACAACUGAAUUAAAAUUUUCGCAUGUGAUUUUGUGGUCAGUAAAUGUGUAAAAUGUUAUUUAAAAGUUAGGUCGUGAUAUAAUCGUGACGUUUACAUUAAUACAAGCUGUCUAAAAUUCUUAGAACUUACAAUUUAUAAUAUACAUAGCAAAUAUAAUUAAAGCACAAAACAAAACACGCCCAAAUUCAUGUUUUUCUUUGUUCAUGUUUUUCCGAGUUUUUUUUUAACGUUUCAUUUUUAUAUGAUAUUAUUCCGCACAUUAUGUUGAAAAUAUUGGGGGACAAACACAAAUUAUGUGAUAUCAUACACAAUACUUCUUAUGUGUUGAAUGUAGAGCAGUAUUCAUUGAAAUCUUUGGUUUUGUAUAAAUGUACAAUGUAUCUAUUUAUGAUAAGUCAUUUUAUAAAUGACGAAAGGUGAAUGAGUCAUAUAUUGCGUAUAUUGCGGCUGUAAUAAAAUGUGGUUUUUAUCGUC